AUGACCGAGCUCCUGGUCUCGUUCUUCCUAGGGGAGAGUGUGGGAAACGACCCCUUCAAGAUCGACGUGUGGUCCCUUGGCGUCAUCCUUUAUGCCCUGACUCACGGCAAGCUACCAUUCGAACGCCCUGCGAAGGAGGUCUGCGAGAGACUCGAGCGAGUGGGCCCUGAUUUCAAGGCCGAUGCAAGUCCACCACUGCGAAGCCUCAUCAGGAGGAUGCUCACGCCUAAGGUUAGAAAGAGAUGCUCGAUGGAUGAUAACCAGACCUUCCUUCAUGAACAAGAGACAGCCGUCUCUCAUCCAGGGUGGCGACCAAAGAGCACUUCCGGGUGGACUGAGGCUACGGUUACCACUUUCCGUCACAACCGUCCGUCCCGAAUCUUCCACAUCACUCUGCAGGUUGGGGGGAAACGGUUGGGGGGUCUUCCUUAA